AUGAACAAACGAGGCAGGAGAGUUAUUCAGGAGAACAAGAGAGGCGCGCUUCAAGCCCCAACUGGGCCCUCGCGGAGACCGCCGAUAGAUAAUGUCCUGCCGCCAUGGAAGUCAUUUGAUUCUCUAGCCAUCAGCCUCUCCAAUGUUCCAGAUGGAGCCGAUGCAGAUUGUAUCUGGAGAUCCUUCAUCAAAGAAGGACGGAUCUUCUCGAUCGAUCUCUUCGAGAACUUCCAGGGAAAACGAAAUUCGCGGGGAAAGAUACGCUUCAGGCCGCCUCCCAACAAGGACUUCUGGAACCAAAAAACCUACACCAUUCAGCUACCAGAUGGCCGAUCGUCCACCAUUAAUGUCACGCCUGAUCUCAACUCACCUAACGAUCGUAUUCCCAGCCCAGUUCGGCCGAGCGUGCAUUUCUCGAUAGAGUUGAAAGUUCCGCUCGCUUCCCUGGACAUCGGUGUUAUGAUCGAUGAACACAUCUUGUUGCCAAUGCGUACAAUCGAGGACCCGCCCGGUGGUGGCUUUUGCAUAAUCCUUGAUAUGAGACUUAGAGCUAUGUUCGUUCAAUUUCAGAUCCAGAUCUUCGACUCCACAAAUAAAAGGCCCUCCGUGCGUGACACCUACAAGAGCUACCGGAUCCGAAUCCCGUUUGUCCAAUUGAGCGGAAUGUCGCAAAUGCAAAAUCCCGGCACACAGUCAAUCUCGCUUUUGGCUGUUCUUGACUCCCCUCCGAUUUAUCAACGACGCAUUGAUGAUAUCAAAUCGACCUUCCUGGAAGAAAAUCACUGGAGAGAUGCGGACACAUGGUAUAGGCAAACCCAGAUCGUCCACGAGCCGCGAAGGCUGUCUGGUCUUCCGAUCAGCUUAAAAAGACAGCAUUCCGUCAUCGACUUAGGCCGUUGGACGGCUUUUAAGUUCAACUUCAAAGAACAUGCCGAGAAACUGGGACAAUUCAAGCUCUUUUGUGAGAUACUUAGGGACUACAAUGUCGAAGUCAAGGAGAGCAGUUAUGAAACUCAGUGCGAGGAUGGCAAGGAGCGGAUUCCCCCCGUCUGGAAGUGGAUCGACCUGACAGAUGCCCAGGCGUCUUCGGAGAGCCAGGCUUCCAAGAGUUCAUCCUCCUCAUUGGAGAUUCUGUCCGAAUCUAAUUAUGUUCACCUUCCUUUCUCCGUCCGAUACCAAUUGGAGGUCUGCAUUUCGAACGGAUUUCUCUCGGAAUUCAGUAUGACCCGUGAAUUUGCAACAAGGCUAGCUGAACUUGAGGAGUCCAGGGCCAAGAAGCUCUUGGAGCAUGUGGCAACCCAAAAGAAGCGUUACUACAAUCCUCUGAAGAUUUUCGAUCUUAAAUUCAUCAAGGGAGUAACGAACGCGAAGAUACCAUCCUACUGCUGUUAUAUGCGCUCGGCCAGGAUUACUCCAACCACCAUUUACUUCAAUUCACCCACCGUGGACAUCUCUAAUAGAAUCAUUCGACGUUACAUGGAGCACGCAGAUCGAUUCCUUCGUGUUAGGUUCACGGAUGAGAAGUUUCUGGGCCGUAUCAAUUCGACCAUGGAUAAUACAAGAAACGAGAUCUUUACCCGCAUCAAGCGAGCACUAGCAAAUGGUAUAGUCAUUGGAGAUAGGCGCUAUGAGUUUCUUGCAUUUGGGAACUCGCAGUUUCGUGAGCAUGGCGCCUACUUCUUCGCACCGCUGCCGGGGCUCACAACUGCCAACAUCCGCGCGUGGAUGGGCCACUUUAGCCAUAUCCGCAAUGUCGCCAAGCACGCAGCACGGCUAGGGCAAUGCUUCUCGACCACCAGAGCCAUAGCCGGUUGCCCAGUGCAGAUACGAAAGAUCGAUGACGUGGAGCGUAAUGGCUAUGUCUUCUCUGAUGGCGUCGGGAGGAUAUCACGGUUUCUCGCACAGAUGGCGAUGACGGAGUUGAAAAUCAAGACACCGUCUGGUGACCCUCCUUCUGCAUAUCAAUUUCGCCUCGGAGGAUGCAAGGGCAUGCUGGUUGUGUCCUCCGAGGCUCUACCCCAGGAAGUCCAUAUCAGAAAAAGCCAAUACAAAUUUUCGGCUAUCCACAACAACUUGGAGAUCAUUCGUUGGUCCCAAUUCAGUAUUGCCACGCUCAACAGACAACUAAUCAUUGUCUUGUCUACCCUGGGUAUAUCCGAUAGUGUCUUUCACGAAAAAUUGCAAGACAUGCUUCAGGAUCUAGACCAAGCCAUGGAAAGCGAUUCCCGGGCGGUCUCAAUACUCCGGAGAUACGUCGAUCCGAACCAGAAGACGCUCACAAUUAGUGAAAUGAUUUCCGAUGGGUUCAUGAAGACUCGGGAACCAUUCCUGACAUCUGUGAUGGCCUUAUGGAGAGCUUGGCACCUAAAGUAUCUCAAAGAGAAGGCAAAGAUUUUCAUUGACAGAGGCGCAAAUCUUCUCGGGUGUAUGGAUGAGACUGGCAUACUCAAAGGACACUUCUGCCAAAAUAUUCCUAAGGAAGAUGCUCCACUCGAGGAACAGCUUGCAGCGCUACCAGAAAUCUUCGUGCAAAUUUCUCGCCCGGAGGCCGAAGGCGCCGAGGAUGGAAAGAAAUACACCAUUGUCGAGGGCGUAUGCAUUUUGGCUCGGAAUCCGUCUCUUCACCCGGGCGACAUCCGUGUGGUGAGAGCUGUUAACGUUCCGCAGUUGCACAGUCUUCAUGAUGUGGUUGUCUUGCCCCAGACUGGUGACCAAGAUAUCGCCAGUAUGUGCUCCGGUGGCGAUCUCGAUGGAGAUGACUAUCUCGUCAUCUGGGAUCAGGAUCUACUGCCUCAAGAUUGGUUUCGACAGCCUAUGAAGUAUACAAGCAAAAAGGCUCCAGACUUGGAUCACGAUGUAACCGUUGAUGAGAUCACAUCUUUCUUUGUGACUUACAUGAAAUACGAUUGUCUUCCAAUGAUCGCACAUGCACAUCUUGCAUGGGCUGAUCGCCUGGAAAAUGGGGUCAAUGAAGACAAAUGUAUGCGGCUGGCGCAGCUUCAUUCAGACGCAGUUGACUACAAUAAGACCGGAAUUCCCGCAAACAUGACCCGAAAUCUCCAGCCUCAUUUGUGGCCGCAUUUUAUGGAGAAGAAGGGCAAGACGGCUGACAAGAUCUAUUCCUCUCGGAAAAUCUUGGGUCAGCUGUAUGACGCCGUGGAGCGUGUCGACUUCAUACCCAGUCUUGGGAUGCCAUUCGACAAGCGAAUCCUUGACUGUAAAUUGCAGGUGAGUAAGGAGCUGUAUCAAUUUGCCGAAGACCUCAAGGUCGAAUACGAUGCGGCGACCCGUCGCAUCAUGGCCCAGCAUGAGAUCAAGACAGAAUUCGAAGUCUGGUCUACAUUUGUUCUCAACCAUGCGAACAUGAGCAAGGACUACAAGUUCCAUGAGGAGAUCGGGUCGAUAACCAUGGCGCAUCUAGAAAGCUUCAAGAAAAGGUGCUAUAUCGAAGUUGGUGGCCGCAACUUCGAGCAGCUAGCACCGUUGGCACUCGCAAUGUAUCGCGUCACACAUCAAGAAAUGACCGCUGCGUUAGAGGCGCACCGUGAAGACCAUCCUUCGAACGGCGAGGCACCCUCGAAAAAGAAGCAGCCCGACAUGAGCCAAUGGCCGCUGGUCAGCUUCCCAUGGAUAUUGCCUCACAUUCUCGGCAAAAUUGCCAGGGGUAUGUACGAGGAACCUGAAGACAUCGACGCUGAAAAGGAAGAACCAGCUACCUCUGCCUCUGUCAAUGUUUCCCAGGCAAAAGAAAGCGCCCCAGAGGUGCUUGAAGACCCCUUCGGCCUGUUCGAAGGCGAGACAAUUGUCAGUGCUUCCUGUCCUAUUCAGACCACCAAUGUCGUUCAACACCAUCAAGAAAGGAUCCAGUCACUGGAAGAACUCCUCGAUUUCGGCCUCUCGAACACUCCUAAACACCAUGCCCCCCCUCCAACACAAGCUUCGGGCUUGUCGGCCAGUCUCCUCGACGUCGAUGCAAACGAAGUGCAUCCGGGUAACGAGAACAGCAAGCCAAUUGAAGAAGCGAAGGCUAUUCCCACCGCUGAACCCGAAUGUCUUAACCUAGUUGACGAAGAUGAAUUAGAGCCCACCGCAUUCGACCGACUGACCGAACUGCUCGGGCUAUAG